AUGUAUAUCAAGAUGUGCUGACAGCAGAUAUCUGCCUCUUAAAGAGGGUCAAUAUACACCAUCCAAUUUUAUGUCUUCCAAAUCGUUCCCUCCUCCUGACCCUCCAACGUAUGUGAAACAGGAGAGUCUUCCGGUUUUCUCUGCACCCAGAGCAGCUCUCUGCCACAGCCCCUCACCCGCUGAAAAUCUAUGCUUGCUCCAAGUUUGCCUCCACUCCCUCCUUGGUCAAGAGUGCCUCACAGCUGAUGAGUUGUCCACUAUCCUCAGUGGUGCUGAAACAACCAGAGACACUGACAGAUGAGAGUCUCAGCAGCUUGGCAGUCUCAUGUCCCCUUACCUCACUUGUCCUUAGCCACAGCUUCCAAACCAGCACCAUUUCAAGGGACAUCAACACAGCAGCCAAGUUCAUUGGGGCUGGGGCUGGGGCUGCUGUAGUUGGAGUGGCCGGCUCUGGGGCUGGGACUGUGUUUGAGAGACUCAUCAUUGGUUAUGCCAGGAGCACUUCUCUGAAGCAGCAGCUGUUCUCCUACACCCUUCUGGGCUUUGCCUUCUGGGAGGCCUUGGAGCUCUUCUGCCUGAUGGUGGCCUUUCUCAUCCUCUUCACCUUGUGAAGGAGCUGCGUCCACCUCCCAUAGUUCUUUCUCCCAUAUCUGGUGGACCCUGUGUGU